AUGGAGCCUCCCAGCAACUACCAGAAGUAUGGCGUCCCUUUCUACGUCGCCGCUUGGGCUCCCGACGUCCGUAAAUCCCAACCACGCGACCAAGACGAUGACGACGACGAUCAAAGCAAAGCUCAGACUGAGACUGAAUCAGCCCAAUCCCAUCCCAACCAAAACCACGUCGUUUUGGCCGGCGGUGGUGGCGAGGGUCGCAGCGGCGUCCCAAACGCCAUCCUUGUCGCCCAAUUUGAUCCCGCCUCCGUUUCUCUCUCUCAUCAGCCCGUGGCUAAGCUGGACACUGGCUCGGAUUUGCCUUAUAGAAUGGCGGUUCACCCCGGGGGCGACGGUCUCAUUUGCUCUUUUCCUAAUAGUUGCAGAUGGUUUGAAUGGGACGAAGAAAGCGGUGAAGAUACUAAACUGGGUUUGAAGCAGUCGGACAGAGUGCUCGACCAGUUGGUAGAUGUUGGACAACAGUUGGCCUUGGCAUUUAACAAAGAAGGUUCCGUUCUUGCUGCUGGAGGCGAGGAUGGCAAAUUAAGGGUUUUCAAGUGGCCUAGCAUGGAAAUUAUUCUCAAUGAAGCUCAAGCUCAUACUACAGUGAAGCAAUUAGAUUUCAGUCCUGAUGGGAAAUUUCUUGUCUCCUUGGGAAGUAGUGGCCCUGGCAGGGUGUGGGACAUAACUUCGUCUACUGUUGCAGCUUCUCUACCACCAGAAAAGGACGAGGUUUUUUGUGCUUGCAGAUUUUCUUUGAUUAGUGAUGGGAAUUACAUUCUAUAUAUUGCAGAUAAAUCUGGAAGCAUUGUGACAUGGAACACAACCACUUGGAAGAGGAUUGGAUCAAAGACUAUUGCACGUGACAUUAUUUGUGCCUUUGAUGUUUCAGCUGAUGGAAAGCUCCUUGCUUGUGGGACUACUCAAGGAGAUCUUGUGAUAGUAAAUUCAACCAGAAUGCGGAUUCAAAAAGUGGUUAAGAAAGCACACCUUGGCUUUGUAACUGCAUUGAGUUUCUCUCGUGAUUCAAGAGCUUUGGCUUCUGCAUCCCUGGACUCAAGUGCUAGGGUGUCCACACUUGAGGAUGAGAAGAAAACUGGAGGAUUGAACAUAUGGAUCGUUAUAUUCAUCAUUCUAGUCGCCAUUGCUGCAUAUUUCUGGAACGAUCCUGAGAAUUUGCCGUCGUUUAAUUCUUAA